AUGAUGGCCAACAAGGAAACCCACAGCUCCGGCGCGCCCAUACAACCGACGUCCAAAAGCACAAAGGCCGACCCCCAGGUCAACUCGGACCUGGAGAUGGGGAGCCUGCCCAAUGGCAACGACAAGAGCAAUGGCGAGGUGGACGCCGACAUAAUGCAGAUCGCGAGGAUUGGGGAUAUACCGGCCAUGGAAGCGCUCUUCGAGAAAACCGAGUUUGAUGCCACAUACGCGGACGACGAGGGUAUCACCGCGCUACAUUGGGCCGCCAUCAACAACCAGUAUGCCAUGUGCAAGUUCCUCAUCGAAAGAGGCGCCCCGAUGAACAAGAAAGGAGGAGAGUCCGUCGCAACGCCGCUGCAGUGGGCGGCCCAGCGAUGUCACUACUACACCGUCCACCUGCUCCUACAACACGGCGCCGACCCCUUGGUCACCGAUGCGCAGGGGUAUAACACGUUGCACAUAAGCACGUUUAACGGCAACGUCCUGCUGCUGACCCUCCUCCUGCAUACCGGAAUCCCCGUCGACGUGCUCGAUAGCUACGGACACACGGGCCUGAUGUGGGCGGCGUACAAGGGCUUCCCAGCCUGCGUCGAUGUAUACCUGCGAUGGGGUGCCAGCGUGCACGCCAAGGACGAGCAGGGCUUCACGGCCCUGCACUGGGCCCUGGUCAAGGGCAGCCCGGGCUGCGUGCAAAAGCUCAUCGAGUACGGCGCCGACCGUUUUGCGAAGACCGACACCGGCAAGACGCCCGCCAUCACCGCCGAGGAGCUCAAGACGCUCCCGGCCUGGCACAAAGCCCUGAAGGAGUGCGGCUACGACGAGGAUGGCCAUCUGAUCACGCCGAGCUUUCCGGGCGCUAGCUACUUGGUCAAGGAUAGGAGGGGCUUUGUCACCAAGUUCACCUUCCUGUGGCCCUUGUUGAUCGUAUGGAGCAUGCUGGGCAUCAUGGCCGGCUUUCCUGUCUUCGCCGGGGUGCCUAUAGCAUUAGGGGUUGGGUACGUGUUGCAGGAGGUUGCGAAACGGGUUCUGACCUUCGCGCCGCCGGACAUGCGCCAGUUCCAGCGGACGCCGUGGAUGGCGGGCAUCUUCUCUGCGUCUUUGUUCUUGGUGUCCUUGAGGUGGUUCCUCACAGUCUUGCCCGCCACGACAUUCAGAGCUGACGGCGAACAUCGCCACCUCCUCAUGAACCUGUGUCUCGGCGGUUUUAUCGGGCUUUGCGCAUGGUUCUACUACUGUUGCAUGGUCUUCGACCCAGGUUUCGUGCCAAAGAUGAACGGUAUCGCAGAGCAGAAAGCUGUCAUCGACGAACUGAUCAGUCUCUGGAAAUACGAUGAGUCGAACUUCUGUGUGCAAUGCAUGAUCCGAACGCCCCUGAGAAGCAAGCACUGUCGGCGCUGUCAGCGUUGUGUGGCGCGACAUGAUCACCACUGCCCGUGGGUCUAUAACUGCGUAGGCGUCAAUAACCACCGACAUUUCUUCCUCUACCUCGUCAAUCUAACGCUCGCAAUUUUUAUGCUGGAUGGCGUUCUUUACUACUACUACACUGCCUCUAUGGCUUCUGCAUCCGACCAGUGUAACAUCUUUGGGCCAAAGGUCUGCCAAGUCAUCAACAUGGACACGUACACCAUCCUCCUCGGCUUCUGGGCCAACCUGCAACUCACAUGGGUCGGCAUGCUUCUUUUCGUGCAGUUCAUCCAGGUCGCCAGGGCAAUGACCACCUAUGAGAAUAUGUUUGGCGUCAAUAAUGUUGCCGCCAGCUCUCUCACAUCCGCCUUUACUUCGACCGGCGCACCGCUUGACCCCACACACCCUGACGCGAUGCCGCCGUCUGGAGCCGCAGCGCAAUCAGAAGCCCCCGGGCACGGCCACCACGGCCACAAGCAUGGCGGCGGCGGGUUCUUCAAGAGCAUGAGCAAGCUCCUUGGCGUGGAUGCUUUCGUUGAGACGGCCACGGGCCGCGGUGCAGCGGCGGGUGGCAAGAACAAGAGACGCAAGGGUAAGAACCCGUACAGCAGAGGGUGUCUGACGAACUGCAAGGACUUUUGGUGCGACUCGGCGCCACUGUUCGGGCAGCGCGAGAACGGCACCGCCAUGCUGAGCGGGCAGGUUGUCAACUACGCUGCGAUGUACGAGACGCCGAGCCUCAUGGAGAUGAUUGGCAGGAGGAGAGGUGCAUACGAGGCUGUCGCUAGCGAGGAGGUGUGA